GAGAAGAUUGCUGAUUUAGAGACACUGGCCUGAGCAAGACCAUUUGACAUGAAGAUAUAACUCCAAGGUAAUUAUGGAUCUGAUCAACGCUACUGAUUACCUGCUCAGUGUCUCUACCUUAGUAAGAAACAGCACUCACUUACCAGCUCCUGCCUCAAAAAUGAUCAUUGUCAUUCUUUUGUUCAUGUCAGCUACAAUUGGUACUAUCACCAAUGGUCUCUACUUAUGGGUGCUAAAGUUCAAGAUGAAAAAGACUGUCAACACGCUUUUCUUUUUUCAUCUCAUUCUCUCAUAUUUUAUUUCAACAUUGAUUCUGCCAUUUAUAGCCACCUCCUCCCUUCAGAACAAUCACUGGAGCUUUGGAACCACCACGUGCAAGAUCUUCAACAGCAUUUUGUCUACAGUAAUGUUCGCCUCUAUUUUCUUCCUCUCAGCCAUCAGUGUUGAUCGUUAUCUUCUUACUCUUCACCCGGUGUGGUCACAGCUGCACCGAACUCCACGCUGGGCUUCCAGCAUCAUCUUGGGAGUCUGGAUCUCUGCCAUUGCCCUCGGCCUGCCCUAUUUGGUUUUCAGGGAGACACAUGAAGACCAUAAAGGAAUGGUGAUUUGCCGAAAUAACUAUGCUGUGUCUUCGAACUGGGAAAGCGAAAAGAUACAAACAUUAAGAAAGUGGAUUCAUGUAGCCUUUUUCAUCGGGCGCUUCUUUCUGGGCUUUCUUCUGCCUUUCUCCAUCAUCAGUUUUUGUUAUGGAAGAGUAGCUAGCAAGAUGAAAUCGAGGGGACUAUUUAAAUCCAAUAAGCCCUUGAAAGUCAUAAUGACUGCCAUUAUCUCUUUUUUUGUGUGUUGGAUGCCCUACCAUGUAUACCAGGGCUUAAUUCUCAUUGGGAACCAAUCAUUGCUUUUAAAGUUGACUGCCAUACUUACAGUGAUAAGCAUUUUUUUCAAUACUGUCUUUUCUCCCACACUCUACCUAUUUAUUGGGGAGAACUUCAAAAAGAUUUUCAAGAAGUCCAUUCUAGCUCUGUUUGAGUCAACAUUCAGUGAGGAUUCUUCUGCAGAAAGGACAGAAAACUUAAAUUCAGAAGGCUACAUUUAAAUUCAGGGGUCCAGAGCAAACGUGAACUUAAUCAAUUAUACCACCAGAUAUAGAAUAUAGUCCCCGUAUUAGAGAGACAUCUAGUCUGUACUAUGUAGUUAGACCUAUGAAUA